AUGCCUCUUGAUUAUGUUUUUGACUUGGUUUUCGUUUUCGACACUUUUCUAAUUGCGCCCAAAAUCCAAAUUGUUAAAGAUGGUUCGGUAGUAGCGGAUGCCAAGCAAUUGAGGACCGAAUUUUUUGGUGGUCGCCGGUUUAAAUUCGAUGUGAUCGCAAUCUUACCUUUCGACUUUUUAUUUUUGUUAUUUGACUGGCAUAAUGGCUGGUCUCAACUUCUGCGAAUUAAUCGAUUCUUUAAAAAUAGCGGAUAUUUUAACUUUUUGAACAAAUGUGAACAACUUUUACCCAACCCUUACGUGUUCAGGAUCACAAAAACACUCAUUAAUUUGCUUUACGUGAUCCAUAUAACUACUUGUCUGUACUUCGCAAUGUCUACAUUCAGCGGAAUCGGUUCAAAUUCUUGGGCUUAUGACGGAAAAAUUGAAACCAAAUUUGUUUCGGCUUAUAUUCGAUGUUUUUAUUGGGCUCUGAAAACGGUUACAUCUAUUGGAAACGAGAAAAUACCAACUACGAGAUCCGAAAUUGUCUUCAGUAUGAUGAACUAUUUAGUUGGUGUGUUCUUUUUCGCCGUUGUGAUUGGCCAGAUGCGAGAAGUUUUAGAAGCAGCUUCUGCCAAUCAGGAGACGUUUAGAAGGAGGAUGGAAGAUACGAUAGCUUAUUUGGAGAGACGGAAACUACCAGACCACGUGAUCAGACGUGCGCGAAUGUGGUUCGAAUACAUUUGGAGUACACAGAGGAUGUUGGAUGAGAAUGAGGCGCUGAAUGUGUUGCCUCUCAAAAUGAAGAUGGAGCUGGCAUACAAUGUACACAAAAAGACACUCAACAAGGUGAGUAUCUUCCAAGGAUGUGACAAGCAGUUGCUAAAAGAUUUGGUACUGAGGCUGCAGCCGGAAUUGUUUCUGCCAGGUGACUUCGUCUGCAAGAAGGGAGAAAUUGGCAGGGAAAUGUACAUCAUCACGCAUGGAAUAGUACAGGUUUUGGGCUCCGAGGGAAAUGUUAUAGUAACUCUACAGCCAGGAAGCAUCUUCGGAGAGAUUAGUCUGCUAGGCAUUGGCGGCAUGAACAGACGCACUGCAGACGUGUUCAGUCCAGGGUACGCGACUCUGUUCAAACUGGACAAGGAAGACCUGGAGGAGGUGGUGGCCGAGUACCCCGAGGCACAGGUUGCACUGCAGAAUAAGGCCGAUGAAAUCAUGCGGGAGAAAGGGGUUGGGGGCGGGGGUGGUGGUGAUGGAGGAGGAGGAGGAGGAGAUCGAGACCGAAAAGAAACAAAAGACGAAAAAAUAGACAAAGACGAAGAGGAAGAAAAAAAAGAAGAAAGGAACAAUGACAAUAUAAUUUCAGAGGAAUCCGCUGAAACUCAUUUUGACUGCACGGGUUCAAACAAAAGUGAAGAUCCAAUCAAUUUUGCUGUUGCAGCGACUGAGGAAACAAAAAACACUGUCAAACGGUCGGAGUUUGAAUCUGGCAAUAAUACAAAAAAUGCUUUCGAAGUAAUUCUUCAUAACCAUCAAAAGUGUCCAGAUCAAAAAGUUGAGCAAAAUGAUGGAAUGUUAAAAGAGCAAAAUCAAAUCCAUAUAAAAUCGACGGCCAAUGUCGCAACACAACAACAACCAAAAGUUUUGGUCGUUGUUGAAGAAGACUCAAUCUCUCUUGAUACACCAGUUCAAGAUGAAAUACAUAAAAUGCAAGCGGGUAGUAACAAUUUAACGCAGUUUAUAGAAAUUCGGGAUGAAUAUGACGACGAAAGCGACAACUCGACGACAAGAGCCGAAGUGCGAAUCGACAUUACGUCGCCUGGACCUUCAACAUCUGCGCAGGCAGCCAUACGACUUGCUCCAGAGAAUUUUCAGACGCUAGAAAGUCCACGAAUUUCGUCAAGACUUCAACAUCAACAAUCCGGCUCCAAAGAAGUGAAAAAACUCUUAAUUGGUGUAGAGGAAGAAAAUUUGCACCCACGAAUCCAGAAAAUGAUCUCACAAGGAUCAAAUCCAAGCUUAAUGGAUUUGAUUCGGACGGGUCAGCUUAUGUACGUUCCAAUGAGCAGCGUCAACAACAAAUCGACAAGCAGCGUAAAUCAAGAGUCGAGCGCAGACUUCCUUGCCGACAUUCAACGCGACAACAGAGUUCCGGUGAUGCACAUGAAUUCUCGAAUCGAGCAAUACUUGUCCAUUGUAGCCGCCCACAACAACAAUACAGAACAAGGGUUGACAACGGACCCCGACUCGCGAAACCCGAGUAGAUGCGAGUCACGAUCAUACUCAGUUAUGUCUGAUAAUCUGUCGCCAUGUGACUCGGUAUCGAGUGUGAACAUACCCGUAAGAAGAAUAUCGAGCGGACCCGAAAGGUUUGAGGGAAACUCAAAUCAGAAAAAUAAUCCAUGA